AUGUCUUCAAAUAAAAAUAAAAAAUGGUCAUCUCUCUUUUCAUUAUCAAAACUUCUUUCUCAUAUAUCACGAAGUCUUUUAUUUCCAUCGAAAAAAUCUUCACAAACAUUAAAGAAAAAUAAUAAAAAAGUUAAACCUAUAGAAUCUGUUAACAAAAAUAUUUAUUUCAUAUCACAAAGUGCUCCUGUAACUCGUCGUCAUCCACCAGAAUCUAUUUCAAAGAUUCUUUAUAUUCAAAAUUCGACAAAAGAAAAUCAUGAUCAACAAAUAAUUCAUGAAAAUCUAUAUGUAAAAAAUGAAGAUAUCGAAGAAGAUGAUUAUUCAAGAUAUUCACUUCGACCAAAUUUAUCUCUUUCUUAUAUAAGUACAGAAAAUCUCAAUAAUCAAUCACAAGAUUAUGAUCAAAAUGGAUCAUUAAAACAACAUGAUUGGCUUGAUGAUAUAUUUCAUUCAACUAAGAUUGAAGAAUAUUAA